UUUUCAGACCAAGAAUCUCUCCAGAGACAUGGUCAGCGUUACAGUGGUCAUGUGAAGCCAAACUUUAACAUCAGUCAGAUGGCAAUUGCACAGGCUGUCAGCUACAACUUGAGCAGGGCAGGACAGUGGGGAGCAGCGCCCUGGAGGCCGUUCCCCCACAGCCACUAUGGCCCCCUGAACGUCACCAUCAAUGGCACCCCCUGCAUCCUGUUCUGGGCCAAGAGGAUCAUCAUCAGGCUGGAGAACCACACCCAGCUGGAUUUGACAGAGAGGACCUUCGGUGUCCAUGCCACCGUGGACGUUGGCGACUCAAACUGCAGCGAGGACAGCGCCACGCUUUCCCUGAAGUUUGGUGAUAUUGGCAACCUAAAGGGACUUGUUAUCAGGCUCCUGUUAACCACCAGCUCCUACCAGCUGUCUGUGCAGAGCUGGUUCAGCUUGCACAGGCUGCAGCUGCUGUACAACCACUCGGUGCAGGCCACCUUCAACGCCACGGGGAUCCGCGCGCCGGCCGCCUACUCCUUCCACUGUGAGCAUGUCAGCAGCCUGCACAGAUACGAUGCUCUGCUCGUCCCCAGCUCUGCAGACGACCUCUCACACCUCUGGGAGGUCACCUUCAUCGACUUCCAGAUUCAGGGUUUUAACGUUCAAGAAGGACAUUUUGCCUACGCCAGAGACUGUGCGUCCUUCCUCUCCCCAGCCAUCCUGAUGGGGUUGGUGAUGUCCCUGGUUCUGCUGCUGGUCCUGGCCUAUGCUCUGCACAUGCUCAUCCACCUGAAAUCUCUCGACAGGCACUAUGAAAGCAAAGCUUCUCCUGCCUAUUUUGCACAGAUGAAAGACAGUGACAUGGGGGAUGAGAAAGAGCCACUGAGAAACAGUGGAAAUGAGUCCUAUGAACUCAGGAGCCAACAGUUUGGUAAAAUCUAUAUUUAG